AAAAAAAAAAAAAAUUUUCUAUCAUUUUAUUUCAUCGAUUUCUUCGUUGUAAAAAAAAAAAAAAGUUAUUUAACCUUACCUUCUUUUUUUAUAUAUAUAUUUUUUAAAAUAAUGGGAAAUCGCAAUUCUACCGAUAAGGUUAAAAGAAAUCCAUCAAUUAAUAAGACUAAUAAUAGAUCUCAUAUUAAAAAAGAGUUCGAACCUACCUUACCUAGUACCUUACCUACUUCACCUACCUCACCUACUUCAUCUAACGAAGAAAAAGAAACUUUGAAAUAUUAUUUACCAAAUGAUAAUAAUGAUAUUGAUAGACAACAUGCGCAUCAUUUUAUUAAAAGAUAUUUAUUUCAAAGUUAUUUUUCUGCUCCGAUCGUGAUUGGAGAAGGAGUUAAAGUUUUGGAUGUUGGAUGUGGAGCUGGAACUUGGUUGUUAGAUUUAGCAAACGAGUACAAAGAUUCCAUAUUUUAUGGACUUGAUAUUGCACCAGUAUUUCCUGCUGAGAUAAAACCGGAAAACUUGACCUUUAUUAAAGAAGAUAUAUUUAAUGGGUUACCAUUUCCUGAUAACACAUUUGAUUUUGUACAUAUGGAAACAAUGGCAUACAUUUUAACACCAGAAAAAUGGCAUUAUGCGAUUUCUGAACUUAUCAGAGUAACAAAACCUGAAGGAUAUAUGGAAUUAUCCGAAGCGUAUUAUAAUAAAAAUGAAGGAUUUGGUCCUAUAUAUAUUAAAUUAGCUGAAGCAAUUUAUAAAUCAAGCUUACAAAGAGGGGUUGAUUUAAAAUUUACAGAUCAACUUGAGAGUGUGUUACGAUCAAGACAAACUAUAAUGAAUGUGGAUAUAGACGAAAAAGUAGUUAUUAUAGGUCCAAAUGGUGGUAAAGUUGGUACUAUUUUUAUGGACCUUUAUAUACAAUUUUGUUCAACAGAUUCAGCGGUUGAAGGUUUAUGUCCUUAUUUAAAUAUGUCAAAAGAUGAAUACAAAGAAUUUAUUUUUAAAGAUUAUAGAAAUGAAAUAUGUCAAUCUAAAAACACCAAACUUUAUAUGGUUAGAUAUUGGGCACAAAAAGUUAACAAUAAUUAAAAAAAUUAUAAGAAAUAUACAGAUAAUAAUAUAUUCCUUUAAAUUAAGUUUAACUUA